AUGCUGGCUUCUGUCUCCACAUACCCCGCUUGCAAAUUACCACAAGACCCGCUUUAUAUAGCACCGCGUACACGCGUCGAGAACCAGUUGGAAACAGGACGGGCCAGAUCAGCGCCAUGUUGGAAUCAACGGCGCGUUCAAGGAGUGAUGGUGAGUAAAAACCAUCGAGUGAUGAGAUAUCCACCGCGAGCCAUUACGCUUGGACCCUUGCUCGACGCCAACCCUGACCGGGACUACGGGGGCGAAGAAACCACCGUCGACGUUGUCCUAGAGAGAGAACAUUUUUUGUUUCGAACUUCGUGCAGGAGCUGGUCGCGCGGGGUGCACGUGCAAUCAGGGACAAACAAGCCGGAUUCUCGCCUUUUCGAAUUUCGCCAUCCUCCUCCCUCAUCGUUCCCUCCACCGACGGUCUUGUUUCAGGACGAUUUGCUCGUCCCACACGCCCAUCAUGACACUCCUUGGAGUUCAGCUGCGUCUGAGCUGGCGUCGUCUCAUUCAAGCGCAUCGGUCUCGCCGACAACAGAGUACGUUACCACAGACAAAUCCUUACCCUCCAGUCCCAACGGAAAGCACGCUUUGCCUAGGAGCGUGUACCCGAGUGCAGCAGCAUCCUCAAGCAAGCUGCGGCUUCCAUUCAGCCGCAAAAAGACAGCGUCGAAUGGGUCGCUGGCGGUGUCGCAGUACGAGGAAUCGAUGUCGCCCCCUCGGCCGUCAUACGCUUCGCGAACGAGCACGGCUGCGUCGUCUGACACGGAGACGUCUACGAUUGAGCGUCGGCAUUUACGACCGCCGCCGUCUCGAUCAGCCAUCUUCGCGGCGUAUGGCGGUGACCCGCGGGCGGCGCAGCAAUCGACGCGAUCACUACCAGACGAACGCAGAGCGAAGCCCCAGCCACCGUCACCCCCACUGCCGCCAGUACCGCAGAAACGAUCAUUAUUCGGGUGGUACAAAUCACAACCAAAGUCUACGAACGCGAGUCCCACUGCGACAUCGGCAGAGGAAUCGUUCAACCUCAAGUCUUUCCGCCACGUUCGACCGGGGUCACCCACGCACUCUAAUAUAUCGACUGCUUCUAUCUCUAACCUUCCGCCCCCACGGCCACGGCCACGGGGGACAAGCACAGCAUCGGAUUCUUCGCAGCGGAUAUCUGUUGCGGCGUUUCGCGAGGCGCAAGCUCGGCGUAGUCAAGCUGGGUCGCCUGCUCCUCCCGACCUACGAUCUGCUAGCCCCCAAGCACCCCCUCUAGUCGGAAGCAAAAGCUACGGCGGGAUAGAGAGUAACAGAAGCAGCUCAAACCUCUCACACUAUUAUCCGUCUUCGCAGCCCUCGCAGAAUAAUAGACUAACGCCCCGGAGGUCGUCUGUGUUCGCAGACGAUUCGGAUAGCACGGCGACGUCAUCCGAGGAAGAAGAGUCAGAUGAUGGGGAGGUGCGGGAUCGACGAGCCAAAGGUGCGGCUGGGGUUGGCCGCCGACGGACUGCUACACACCGCGGGGGCUCUGAUAGGCCAGCUGCUGGGAAAGCUCGAGCCACGCGCUCGGAAAUGGGACACAGUAGCGCAUGGGCCGGAGAUAAGACCAGUGGUAACUUGCCGGUUCCUCGUCUGCCGUCCUCGACACAACUCCAGCAGUCUCAGCAAUCGCGGCAACGUGCCAGUGUAUCGACGAGUGCGUCGAUGCCCAAUGCUGCGGCCAAACGUGCGAGCCUUCUGGCUGGCAACAUUGCCCUAGCUGCUCCGGGUAAGAAUCAUGCCAUCCUGCCUGCUUUUGUCGCUAACUCGCCGUGCUCUGCUGUUCUAGCUGUGAGCUCCCGACAUGUCCGAGACUCUUCUGUGCACACAAUCUCUGCCAGCAGAGCAGCGCCGUCCACAGCGCGUUCUGACACGGAUUCCGACACGGAUUCCGAUUCUGACAAUGCACCGCUGGCCUCGUUGGUGCCACCGCGCAGGCCUGGAAGCGCCAUGUCCAGCGCUUCUGGGUCGAGGACCAACCUAAGUCGGCCUCAUACCCCUGUCAGCCGGCCCGCGCCCCUCAUUGACAUCAAGUCACUUACCACAAAGAAGCCUGAUGCAGCCUUCACUGCUCCCAAAGCGAAGGCAAACGACGAGGCCUUUACCGUUGGCCCUACCUUGAUCUCGUCCCGCAGCUCGACCAGCCCGAAUCUGAGAAAAGAGCGUGAUGGGCCGUCCCCUCCUGCCAGCUUUAUCCUUCCGCCACUGGAGCUUGACGAUCAUUCAUCGCGCUUCGUGUCAUCGCCCACGUCCAUGAUCUCAUCCGUUAGCGCUGUGACGGCUUCCACCUCGUCCACGAGCAAGCCCAAUACGGGACGCUCGGACACCGCUUCGAGCGAGAGGCUGUUCCCUCGCCGCAUGGAGUCGCGGGAGAGCAAUACCUCGCGGCAGGAAAGUGGCAACGAAUCAGUUACCAGUCGACUGGGAAAGUCGGACACGAACACAAGCCCUACUAUCCAGGAAAGGCGAAGAGAAGGGCUGUCGGAUCGUCUUACGAAGGUCGUGCAGCAGGCUGCGCCUACUUCGACUACUCCGUCGAUUUCCGCGCCAUUUAAGGCUUCCACGCCCCCGCAACCUCAGCGCCACUCCCGGCGUGCAUCAUUCGAUGUUGCGCAGCUCGGUGAAAACGAGGGCGAUUACUUUUCAAGUGGCGGCAGCACCGGCAUCCGCCUGGUCGGAGGCGUAGGUAAUGCUAAUGCUAAUGCGCCCGUAGAUAGCGGCGAGGAAAAGGAAAAAGGAAAGGAAUCGAAGGAAGAACGAAUAGCGCCUAUUGUUAUUAAACAACGUGUUCCGCCGUCAUCGUUUGCUGUUACCUCACGCCCCCAGCAUCAGAAUGCAGGCUCUCUGGAUACGACACGGCAGCGGAGCAGCACGCUCUUGCCAUCGAAUUCCCCUGCUCCGUUCUCAACGAAUAAGGCUGCUGCAGUACCUCCAUCGAGUUCUAGUUCUAGCUCCGGGAACACCUACAACUCCAAUUCUUCUACGUCUAAUCCGAACAACCAUAACUCUUCUGGACGCAACAGUCCGUUGACACCGCCAGCCGCCCGGCCGAGAAGCUCGACUAUGAUGCCGCUAAUGGCAGGCUCGCCUAAUGUUUCCAUAUUUCCGAUGCCUACGAAACCGUUUGCGAAGCGAACUGAGAGCCCUGCGAGCUCGACAGGUGACUCGAGCAGUGGGCGUGCACCGCUUACGCCCAGGGAUGGCAGUGAGGUGGGAAGUUCGAAUACCACUACUACUAGUCGCAACGGAGGAAGGAAGGAGGAGUGGGGGUCAGGUGUUAGUGGGCUCGGGCUCAACGGGGGCAAAGGCCAUAUGAAGCGGCAGAGUGUUACGUUUGAAGAUCAGAGCGAGGUCGGUGGGAAGACUGGGAAGGGUGGGAAGAAUGGGAAGGAGAAGUCGUCCGAGUCGCCCCCCAAUGAGGAGCAGCGCAGGAAGGAGCGCAGGCGGAGCGAGGCGAAAGCUGCUAUCGAGCUCGGCAAUGUCAUUAAUGGCCGUGGUCCGAUCGUGGACGAUGACGAAGACGACGAUCAGCCUAUCAAUCAGGUAUACGGCGCUCGUAUGGGCAUGAACCCUAUGAUGCCUGGGGGAAUGCCCAUGGGCAUGGGAGGAUUGCCGAAUGGCUCUCCGGGGUGGAAUAACAGCUGGCAGCAAGGUCAACUAAUGCCCGGGCAGUUCAUGCCUCCGCCGCCCACAGAUCCUACGUUCUUGGUAGCCCAUCAGCAAGCCAUGAUGUACGCGAAGCAGGCCUAUCAGAUGGCCGUGGCUCAGCAGGCAAUGGCGGCGGCCGCCGACGAGUGGGAGAGGAGUUCGAAUAUCGGAGGCUUUGGGAGCGGUGGGAGCGUGUAUGGCGGAAGCAUGUAUGGCGGAUCGCCUUCUCUGCCUUCCAUGGGCAUGGGAAUGGGUGGGUGGGGAAGUGGGAUGAUGUUCCCGCCCGGGCCUCGAUCGAUGUAUGGCGGCGCGGCGCAGAGUGAGUAUGGAGGGGGGAUGGGAGGCGGCGGUGGGGGCUGGGGAUCGAAAAGCGUGUACGGCGAAUCAUUUGGGCCGUCGAAUACCAGGGAAAACAACCGGACGAGUCGGGGUAAUUUGCUGCAAAUGAAGCAGGGGUACGGACAGCAGCGUGACAGUACCUACUCGACAACGGCGAACCAACAGCAAUCUAGUGCGACUCCACGUGGAUCGUCACGCCCACGUACGACGAGCACGCCGGCCAGUCCUGCGCGGGCACCCGGCAUGCGCAAGGCGCCCCCACCUUCGAGCUGGAAAGCGAGCGGUUGA